AGACCCCAACGACAGCGGCGCAGAGGACCUCUGGGGCGUCGUGCGCGAGAGGUCCAAGUACAGGACUCAGGACUGGGCCAAGUACGAUCCCACCCACAGGAGGUUCCUCGAACUAGGCAGCCGCGGCCGCGUGCGGGACCACUACCGCGCGGGCCGCGUGGCGCUGUGGUCGUGGCUGGUGCCCGGCCUGGAGCGCGUGGGCGCGCGCUACGGCCCAGACUCGCCCUUCCACCGCCUACCCAAGUACCUGCAGCCUGACACCUUCUCGGGCCCAACGCGCCCCACCAACCUCUCGAGCAACUUCCUCCCACCGCCCACCACGCCCGCGCCCACCACGCAGCAGCUCUCCACGCAGGCGCACACGACGCCGCGCCCGACGGUGCUGGUGCUGAUGAACAGCAGCAGCGUAGCCGGCCUGCUGGAGGACCUGGGCACGGGCCACAAGCCGCAGGGCGCCGCCGCCUUCCCCUACACGACGGCGCUGAGCCUGACGGUGGCCAUCGGCUGCUCGCUGCUCAUCCUCAACCUGCUGGUAUUCGCCGCCGUCUACUACCGCCGCGACGCGCGCCAGCCCUUCACCAAGGCCAGCCACGACGGCAGCAGCGACAGCGGCAAUGACGUGCAGCUGCACUCGUCCGGCGACCCGUGCAAGCCCAUUUCGCCGUCACACUACGGCACGCUGCGCUCGUCCGCCACGCUGCGCUCGUCGCUGGCCACGUCGUUCGAGGGCGAGCAGCAGCACGAGUGGCCGCCCGACUACACCAGCAGCUGCCAGAGCGGCGAGGACGGCCCGCUGUGCGGCCCCGGCGAGCGGUGCCUGGCCGGCCACCCGCACAACGGCACGGCGUCGCGGCGCGGCGUGCACAGACAGUCCAUGUCGUACAACCCGCACGUGGACACGCAGCUGUCGCCCGCCGUGUACGACGACACCCCCGACAUGCAUGUGUGAGGCCGUCGCCGGAACGCAGACGCCCGGCGGGCGCGCAGACGCAGCGACCGCAUCGCGCCAAAACCUUUCCUUUCUGCGACAUGUACAUUGUUUAUACAUAUUUUGUAGAAUGCCUGUCGAAGCCGAUCACUUACCCGAGCAUUGCUUACUCAACGCCGACCGGAAACGGUUCUGAAAAAGUCUCCGGAGAAGGCUCGGCCGCCGCUGCCGAGUGGCAGCUCGACAGAAAGUCCUGAGGGAGCGCAGCCAGCGGCGUAGCCAGAGAGCUAGAUAGCGUCCAGAGACUCUUCCUUGCGAGGCCUCCCGAAUCGCCAUUCGUAAAGAGGAUCAGAGGCGAGAGCUGAGUACCCCGAGGCGCGUUCUGCCACUGUCUGUUCUCGACCAGUGGUUCUCACUCGGUCCAGCCGCGGACCCGCAGCCCAAUUAUAACUAAUCGUGGCCGUCUUCUUUGGAGUAAUGUUGAAGGAAAUUGGAAAGCCUUUUGUUUUGACAUAUAUACCUUCCAAAAUGAGAUUGGAGAAAUUUGAUGUAGUAGAAAGGCAACAUUUGAAAUGUAUUUAUUAUAAGAAUAAUUGAAAAAUAGAGUAUAAAUAGUUGACAUUAAACUUGUGAAAUACAUCCCAAACGAACAUAAUUAUGAACGUUUAAAUUAUACAUAUAAUUUUCUCAGAAACUUGAUAAAUAUAUUUCUUGCAAGAGGGUCGACUGCACUAACUCCCAGAUCAUUACCUCUGGCUAAAAUAACCACGAUGGAUUCCGGGGACUGCCAGCUGAGAGCCACUGAUCUGGAAUCGGUUUGGAUACCUGGUCAUCCUUCUUUACGAUGCCAGCUUCACUCAUUUUCUUCUAUUCUGUGCCACAGAUUAAAAGCUGAGUAUAUAAUCACCAAGUCUGGGCGAUGCGAAAUAUCAAGACGAUAUCGCAUUAUGUGUACAUAAUUCUGUUGAUGUUUUUUUCGAUGAGUAGCUGGGUAUAUAUUUUCCCGCCACAGACGAAAUUGUUGAUCCGGAAUGAUCAUGGACUUCUUAAUAAAAUCUUUUUAUCAUGAUCAGUUACAUAAAAUAAUAGAUCAAUUAUAAAUAGGACCUGUGUUUUUUGUUCAAUUAAAAAGAUGAUAUAACAGGUGUGGAUUAUAAGAAGUAUGUUCGUAUCCCCUUAGGUAUAUUGCACGUACCCCGCGACCCUCUGAUCCUCUCUCAGAAUACAGUGGAAUACAUUAUCGUUUUUGCAAUAUCAAUGAUGUAGGUGGGAUUCCAACUUAGAGUUUGCAUCAGAAUGCGAGAGAAAGAUGACUGCGCUGAGAAACGAUGCGAUCUAUGGCUGCAGUCGCGCUUUUUGUAGUUGAGCAUUGGGCGAGUCAGAGCGAGGGAAUCGAUCGUUUAUUGAAGCCCAAGGUUUUAUUUCAAUUCGGUAACUACUCUCGCGCCAUGCGUCGUGAGUGACAUCAGUAUUAGGUAUUCAUGUAUCAUUUGUCUCGUGGACAACAAUAGACGUUAGAUAGAUAGACGUUUAUCAGAAGCGUUACUAGUGUACGGCAAUUACACUCCUGGGACUGGAAUCUUCUCUUCGCCCUGAAUCUAAGUGUCAUUUAAUUUGGUUUUGAGAAUAAUCUGGAGGAACUUCCAGUGAUAAUCUAAACCUGCAUUUAGAAGGGGAUUUUGACCAUUCAGCCAAGAGUUGUUUGUUUACGCAUGAUAUGUACACGUAAUCUCAUCCUUUAUAAUAUUUUUUCUUCAAUAAAAAAGAGUUGAUUUUUUUUAUAUUAAUUUUGAAUUUAGUAACUGAUGGAAUUAAUAUUGUGCUAUCUAUUAAGUACUGAUGACUACUGCUUGCUUAGCCGCUAUCCAAGAGUUUUCCAAAUGAAUGUACUGUACAUAGGCAGAAGAAGAAACACUAACGUGAAAUAAUGAAUAAUCACGUCUCAACGGUUCCAUGGCCAUCACCUGAUCAUUGUUCAUUUGGCGUUCCCGACGGAAGGAAAGUUUCUUAACGGACUCUAGGUUAAAGCUUUCGAGAUGGACAAAGAGCUUCCCAUGUGAAAAGGACAACACGAAUAUCGACAACAGUAAUAUUUAGUGUGAAUAAUAAGGAUUUAAUAAAGGAUAUUUCUAUACCUACGUCGAUAGAUGCUACUUUCGGGGAAUUGCCGAAGGACUUUCCAGCCAGCUCGCGUGGCCACAGACCUUCAACUCAAUUUGUGAAAUACGGUGAGACGGCAAAGAAAAAAAAA